AUGCUUUCUCAUCUGAGAUUUUAUGAUCUUUAUCCUUUUGGAUUUCUUCAGAGCCAUAACUGCACCAGAAGCCUCUUUUUGACCCUCUGUAGCACCAACAGAUUUAGAGGCCUCGUUGCAGUCAUCCUGGAAGAGACAGGAACUAGAAAAAAGAAGAAGGAAAAACCUGUCAAGUUGGAUGAUGUGUUGUCUCAAGAAUCAGAAAAUAAGAGCUGUUGCUCAGGAUCUGAUGCAAGUCCUGAAAGUUAUAACGACGAGGAUUCAUCAAGGGUUCCUACUGACGAUGACAAUGGAACUGAUCUGUAUGGAGUUGGUGAAGAAAAAGAAGCAGAACUUUGGAGGGAAAUUGCAUUUGCUCAAGAAUCAUCUAAGGUAACGGUGGAGAAUGUACAAGAUAUAGAUCUCGAUCAAAAUGUACCACCUGGGAGGGUUGUCUCGGCUACUUUAAACCCGAAAAGAAAUGUGAAAGGAGCUGCCUCAUCUACUGAGAUUGGCAACAACAACAACAAGAGAAAGAGAAUAGAUGAGAAACCGAAGAAAGUAUCUGCAGAAGAGAAAGCUGCGCUGAGGCAAGAGGCUGCUAGGAAACGAGUUGAAGACAGAGAAAAAUCAUUGCUUGGCCUUUGCAACAGAACCUUUUGA